AUGGCUUUGUCCCAGAUGGAUACGGUGGAAGCCUUCUCUUAUCUUCAAAGCAACCUACCAGCGUUGAUCAGCCGUAUUACAGACCUUGCUGCUCACACAUCUGCCAAAUAUACCGAAUACUAUGAAGCCUGUCGCCGACAGAAAUCUCUCAGGCUGCGAUGUCCUACGAACCACUCCGUGCGACCCGUGCAACCCAACGAGGUCGUGCGGAUCGACCAGAGACGAAAUCCCUCCAAAUUCGAUAAAAGUAUCGCGAAGGCAAAGGAUUCAUUGGACUCAAUUCAAUGCUCUGGUCGCAAGCGACGCGCGGACGAAGAUCUGCCUAUCGGCCGGAAUGAGCCCUUCGCUCCAAUGAACAAGCGACACAAGGUUAUCAUCGAGUAUGACGGCCAUACACAGAAGGUGCUUGAAGAUGUCGUCAGGGAUAUUGGUAUUUGCAGGAGUAAUAUACGACGGGCGAAAAUGUCGAUGAUGCAGACGCGCUUUCUUCCAAACAUACUGGACAAAACUCUUUGUUUGGUGAACCAGCAAUUGGGAGAAUCGGAUCAGCCACAAGUAGUUGCAUCAAACUUAGUCCGCCGCAUACAAACCGGAUCCGGCAUGAUCAGUGGCACUGGCUCCAAAACCCCCAGAAAAAGUCCGUCAUUGGCCUUGCUGACAAGCAAUUGGAACUGGCUCAUGAGCUUUGUGAGACAGUAG